AUGGCACAAGAUUCGCAUUCUACCUUCAACUUCCUCCCGUCCAGCAUGGACAAGGAGUGCAGCAAAGCCGCUGCGACUCUGCGAAGCUUUUGUGGUAACCCGCUCACAGGAUUCACGGAAAGUCGUCCGCUAAUAUUACUGGCAGUUGACAGCAUACUCACCAGCACGUCGAGCUCCCCAGUCUCGAAGUCCAAAGCAAGCAUCCCUCACGAAGUCCUUGCCAACUGUAUUGCUCUCGUCAUCUUCUCAACAGCUCGCAUUGGCAUGCAUCUGUCUGGUUCUACUGGAUCCGGCAUUAUCAUAGCACGCCUGUCCGACGGCUCAUGGGGUCCUCCAGCCGGCAUCAAAGUCCACGGCCUCAGCGCUGGGAUUGGCGCAGGUGUCGCUGUGUACGAUUGUGUAUGCGUUGUCAACACCAAAGAAGGGCUUAUGCAAUUCACAGAGAAGCGCGUAGGGCUUGGAUCGCAGGUGUCGGUCGCAGCGGGUCCUUUCGGGGCGGGCGGAGGAGAGUCGAGAGCAGCAGAAGGCGGUCUUGACCCCCAGAAGGCUAUCCCCGCCGUGUAUACUUACGUGAAGACGAGAGGUCUUUAUGCGGGAGUUCAGAUCGAUGGUACGGUUGUGUCUCAGCGCGAGGAUGCCAAUGCGGCGUUUUAUGGCGAGAAGGUCACUGUGCAACAGAUCCUCCGUGGUGAAGUCAGGCCGCAGGAGUCCGAGAAGCUCUGGCCCAAAGCCACUGCUGGACUCAUGGAGACAUUGAACUCGGUCGAGACCGUCCUGAAGGCGUGA